GCGGCGGAGCGGAGCCGAGGCCGCGGCCGCGCGUGGGGCUGCGGGAGGCGCCGGCGGUCGCGCCGCGCCGGGGCCAUGGAGUCCUCGACCUUUCGACCAUCCAGCCUUCUCCAAGGUGAUGACUCCUGUCUCCUGAGACGUUGGAAAACCUAGUUUGGAAGAAGAGUAAAGAUACAGUUGAUGCUGAACUACAGCCAAGGAUGAAGCGGCGAGCAUCAGACAGAGGAGCUGGGGAAACAUCCACUAAGGCAAAAGCUCUUUGUACAGGGAUUUCUGGAAGUAAUGCCAAGAGAGCUGGCCCUUUUAUUCUAGGUCCACGUUUAGGUAACUCCCCCGUGCCAAGUAUUGUUCAGUGUUUGGCAAGAAAGGAUGGGACAGAUGACUUUUAUCAGCUAAAGAUUCUCACCUUAGAAGAAAGGGGUGAUAAAGGAAUAGAAACCCAAGAGGAGCGACAGGGCAAGAUGCUGCUGCACACAGAGUAUUCUCUCCUCUCCCUGCUCCACAACCAGGAGGGAGUGGUUCAUCAUCAUGGGCUCUUUCAGGACCGAGCUUGUGAAAUCAUAGAAGACCUGGAAGCCAACAGGAUGGUCAGGAAAAUGAAGAAGCGCAUUUGUCUUGUGUUAGACUGUCUCUGUGCUCAUGAUUUCAGUGACAAAACAGCAGAUCUGAUCAAUCUGCAGCAUUAUGUCAUUAAAGAGAAGAGACUCAGCGAGCGGGAGACCGUGGUGAUAUUUUACGACGUGGUACGAGUGGUGGAAGCAUUACAUAAGAAAAACAUUGUGCACAGAGACUUGAAACUAGGAAACAUGGUGCUAAACAAAAGGACUCAUCGAAUAACCAUAACAAACUUCUGUCUUGGGAAGCACCUGGUGAGUGAAGAUGACCUGCUGAAGGACCAGCGAGGGAGCCCUGCCUACAUCAGCCCAGACGUGCUCAGCGGCCGGCCGUACCGCGGGAAGCCCAGCGACAUGUGGGCCCUGGGAGUGGUGCUGUUCACCAUGCUCUACGGGCAGUUCCCCUUCUACGACAGCAUCCCGCAGGAGCUCUUCCGCAAGAUCAAGGCCGCCGAGUACACCAUCCCUGAGGACGGACGGGUCUCGGAGAACACCGUGUGCUUGAUCCGAAAGCUGCUGGUUUUGGACCCCCAGCAGCGCCUGACGGCUUCUGAAGUGCUGGAUUCCCUCAGCUCCAUCAUCGCAUCGUGGCAGUCGAUGUCCUCGCUGAGUGGCCCUUUGCAAGUGGUGCCAGACAUCGAUGACCAAGUGGCCAACCCUGAGAACCCCCAGGAGGUGAAGGUGACAGAGGAGUGCUCGCAGUACGAGUUCGAGAACUACAUGAGGCAGCAGCUGCUCUUGGCUGAGGAGAAGAACACUUUACAUGAGGCCAAGAGCUUCCUCCAGAAGCGACAGUUUGGGAACAUCCCCCCUGUGCGACGGCUGGGCCACGACGCCCAGCCCAUGAACCCUUUGGACGCCGCCAUCCUGGCCCAGAGGUACCUGCGGAAGUAGCUUCAAACAGCCCCGAGAGCACAAAGCCCCAUCCUGCAGUUCUGCCUUUCACAAGCUCAACAGCAAUACCUGUGCCCCACGAUGGAGAAUCAUGUAGCAGUUCUUCUGAGCUCUGUCUGGGGACACGCUCUGGAGGGAGAAGACUUUUUCACAAGCUACUUUGAUGGAAGCAGCGACCUCUCAGCGCCUUCUGGAACCUUGUUUGGUUGGUU